AUGGGCAAACGAAAAAUUGAAAAUGAAGAAAAACGGAAGAGGGAGCCAAAUUACACGAAGGCUGAAACAAGGCGGCUUUUAAAAAUUAUUGCUACUAGGGCGCAUAUUAUUGAAAAUAAAAGAACCGAUUCCGUCACGUGGAAGCAGAAAGAGGAGACGUGGAAAGAAAUUGCUGCCGAAUACAAUGCAAUAACAGGAAAUGUAAUCCGAACACCAGAAAGGAUUCGUCAAAAGUACGAAGCGACGAAGAGAGAUAUAAAACGCAAAGUUGCGUUCAAUAAAAAAGAAACGUACAAAACUGGUGGCGGAUCUUCCCAGUAUAUGAGUUUUGAAGAUUAUGAGACCGAACUGUUAAGAGUCCCUAACAGUGCCUGUCAAUGGACUUCCAUCCGAAUUUGA